AGCAAUUGCUCCGAUGAAUAAAGAUGUCGAAGGAAGAAAUGUCUAAAGAAAUUGAACAUCGUCUUACUAGAUUCUAAAUUAUAUGAUGUUGAGUCAAAAGUAAUAUUUACACGUUAACAAUAUUUAUGUUUCCUUUGUAUAUAAGGUUACCAUACUAAUAGUUUCUUUUUAGGGCAGGUUCCAUUCAACGAUUGUAUCAUUCAGUUUUGAUAUCCAGGAGAUACAAAGAUAUUAAGAGGUUUCAUUGAAAGCCGCUGUUUUUUGUGUUUUCUGAGCAUUUGUUUCAAUAACAAAAUGUGUGAAUACAUCAAUCGAAAUAUCUGCCCUCGGAAACUAUGACUUUCUCCCACUUUUCUGACAGAAGUUGAAUUCCGCGACGAAAGAAUGGUCUGUCUUUCGAGCCAAUCCAUUCAGCAACCCAAUUUUCGACUUCUCCGUAAAAAUGGAAGUGUUCAUCUUCCAGAGCGUGUCGCAUCGAUGGAAACAGAUGGUAAUCGCUUGGAGCCAAGUCUGGAGAAUACGCUGGGUGCGGGAGAACCUCCCAUUUUAGCUCCAUCAGUGUUUGUUUCACGGCUAUAGCAACGUGGGGCCGAGCGUUGUCAUGGAGAAGAAUCACUUUUCGGCGAUUAUUAAUGCAAUUGAUGGUUGUUUUUGCAUCAAAUUAUCAUUCAAAUGCUCCAUUUGUUGUCGAUAAUGUUCGUUGGUGACUAUUUCGUUCGGUUUCAACAGCUCAUAAUAUACAACACCCUCCAUAUCCCAUCAAAUAAAAAGCAUUACUUUGUGACCGUGGAUGUUUCGCUUUGGAGUUGUUGAUGAUUGGCCAGAAUCAACCCAUGAUUUUUGCGUUUCGAAUCGUCGAAAUAAAUCCAUUUUUCACCACCGGUCACGAUACGCCACAAGAAACUUCUUUUUACGCCUUGCAAGCAAAGAAAUCGAGAUGUUUAAACGAUUGGCAACGGCAUUUUCGGUCAAUUCAUGUCGCAGCCAUCUUCCUUCUUUCUAGAUCUUUCCCAUGGCUUGUAAAUCGUGAAAUGGUUGAUUUAUCGACUUUGAGCUGGUGAGCCAAUUCUUUGAGUGUUUGAGCAGGAUUUUCUUCCAAUAAAGCUUGCAGUUGUUUAUCUUCGAACUUUUUUGAUUGACCUGGUCGUUUGAGGUGAACGUCACAAUCACCACUUUUGAAUCGUCGAAAUCAAUCUCUACACACUGUUUCCGAUGGUGCAGAUUCAGCAUAAAUUUCCGCAAGCAAUCGAUGAGUUUCAGCUGCACUAUUUUUCAAAUCAAAGUAGUGUAGAAGUACAUAUCGGAAAAACAAUUUAUCGCGUUCCAUUUUAAUUCGGUUAUAGAAAAGCACAUAUGCAAAGGAUGGUGUCUGUUGACUGGAUUUUAGUGGGAAAUGCUCACACUUUAAAAUGACAUAAGUAACAGAUGCCUUUGAAUACGCUAGAGCCAUCUAGACGUGAACAGCAGCUUUCAAUGCAACUUCCUAAUAGAAUGAUCCUCGCGAUCGUUGCAAGUGUUAAGUGAAAGCUGCACGUUAAUAUCUAAUGGCUUUCAACAUUUAACGAUAAAAAUGAUCAUACCGAUUAAAGGAGAUGGAGUCACAGAAGAAUGGGCUAUUAUAGAUCUGCAGGGUGAUUUAAAUUUUGAGAAGGUUGAAAAUUCGAAUGAUCAAUUAAUUGGGGACAUUCAUUUCACAAAAACUGGAGUACCUAUUUUAAUUAUUGGAAUUCAUGUAUUACAUGGAAAACAGGUAGCGCUUGAAAAGCCUCUGGUUGUGUUAGAGAAACAUUGUAAUAAUACAGGAAAUGAGAUAAUGGAGGAGAAAAGUACAACACAGUACAUAGUAAAGGCUAUUGUAAAGAAAAAACUCUUGUUUAGAACAAGACCAAAACCCAUAGUAACUAAUGUUCCAAAACCAUGCUAAGAUACUUGAAAUAAAUUUAUAUUUAAAAAAAACAUUUUGUUUAUUGAUUUAUUAUAUCACAUUAAUUCGAUUAAAUUAGUGUAAA